AUGGACGAAGGAAAGAACGCAUUUCUUUUUCACCUAUUUUGCUCGAAUGCAAAUGAUCAGACAAUGGAAGAAGAAAGUAAAAUAAGAAAUUAUAGAUUCCUGAAAUUACCAAGUAUAUCUGAACCUUGUAAAUUAGUUUUAUACUAUUUUAAUGACAAAAGUAAUGAAUUAUAUUUACUGGAACGAAAUUAUUACAACCCCAAAAUUGAAUCUAUAAAACAUGAAAAUGAUAAAAUAAAUAAAAGUUGUGUGUCUCUUUUUAUAAAUAACUACACUAUACAGAAUGAAUGUUGUUUUUUUUGUUAUCCCAUUGAUGUAAUUUUUCUUUUUACAACCUUGAUAUAUCAGAACUGCACAAGCAAUACUUACACGACAUUGGGAGAUUAUAUAGACAAUAUAUUAAGAAAUAAUGACAUAAAACUAAAAAAUGAAAUAAAAAAAAAUAUUUUUUACAUUUUAAACAAAAAUAUAAAUAAUGUAAAAGACAGAUUAAAAAAUGUAUGUGAUGAAUUAUACGAAAUGGGGAAAUUUUAUUACAAACCAAAUUUAAAAAAAGUAAAAAAUUUUUAUAACUUUAAAUGUGUUAUAUUAUUUAAUUAUAUAAUUGAAAAUAAAAUUGUUUUUUCUGAUUACAUGCAACAAAUGGAUAAAGAAAUUUUAGAAAAAUACAAAAUUAACUUGAACUUGCAUUCAAUCAGUACAACGAAAAUGAAAAACAUGAAUUUAAAACAAAUCGAUAAAUACAAUGAGUAUAAAAAAAAUGUUGAUUCUUAUGUGAUACAUUUUAAUAAGAAAUAUUAUAAAUUCUGUGGAUCUGAUUUAAGGACUUUUGUUUGGUUAAUUAUGAAAGGAUUUAUGAGCUUAUCUUUAAGUGAAAAAAUCACCCCUCCCGAUAUCCAUGAAAAAUUAAGUAAAAUGAAAGAGGACGACAAAAUGAAAAAAAUGCAACAAAAUGAGACAUUCACAAAAGGCAAGAAACAUCCUCUACAGCCUCCUAGGAAUCAGAUGAUGAUAGAAUCAUUUUUUAAAAGGAAAAAGACGAAUUGA